ACCACACCCAUGCAUACAGUACAGCUAAUUAGGUACACGUGCAAAUUUUUCUCUCUUCAAAAAUGGAACCAGUUACUCCUCUAAUAAAAUGGGCCCAAAGGCAUGACAAGAUCCUGCUUAGUAUAUGCGUCUCCGACUUGAAAGAUGAGAAGAUUAACCUUGAUCAGAAGAGCUUGACUUUUAACGGGACUGGUGGUAAUAAUGUCAAGUAUGCUUGUAAGUUUAAUUUCUAUCAGGAAGUGGUGCCACAGGAGUCUAAGCAUAAGAAGUUUGGCCUCGAGCUAUUUCUCUCCAUACAAAAGAAAGAGAGUGGAGGAGGAUAUUGGCCAAGACUUUUGGAAGCCAAGGGAAAGGUCCCGUACUUACAGGUUGAUUUUAACAGGUGGAAGGACGAGGAUGAGAGUGAUGAAGAUGUUGACCAGUUUAAUGACGGCUUGGAAAAUUUAAUGCAUAGGAUGGAUGUAGGAGGAGGCUCUGCUGGUAAUGGUGGUGGAUUUGAUCCUGGGGAUGAAGCACCAGACAGUGAUGAUGAAGAGUUGCCAGAACUCGAAUCAUAAAAUUAAAAAGACAAAUAAUGUCUAUGCAGCUUCACUCUCUCUUUCUUUUACAUUAUUAAUCGUGCGUGAUAAAUCUGAUAAUUCCACUUUAUAUAUACGAUCGUUAUUCGUUUUGUUGAUAUUUUUCUUGUGUUAAAAAUUAAUAUCAUUAUUAUUAAUAGUUAUUAUUAUUUUUGUUUUUGUUUAAAUUCUUUAAGAUACUAUCAAAAAA